UGGCCAAACUAUUUAACAGCCGGAUUUUAUAACAAUAAGUCAGUCUGAACUUUUUCUUGAGUAAAGUCUUUUAGCAAACUGAGUAAAACAUUAAUUAAUUAAAUAUGGAGUUCCAAAAAAUAACAUUAGUUUUCAUAUUCUGCAUUUUUGGUUUAACUUGCGCACGGAGAUUUCCAAGAACUCACGAGAUAACAGCAAGUAUUGCAUGCUUGAAUGAUUCGGUAGUGAUUGACAUAAACCGACAUCACCGACCUUCCGAAAUUACCAUCUAUACACUUUAUUCAGCAGAAGAGAAAAAUGAGGAUACAAAGUGUUCAAGAACUUUUUCACAACACGAACCACCUGUCAAAGAACUUAAAUACAAUCCAUGCGGUGCUCGGAAAUUCAAAGUAUAUGUGGAUGAAAAAAUUGGUGAUUCUACUCUAGAAUAUAAAGUUCUUGUUGAUUGUUCCAAAGUCGAAGCUGAUCGAAAACUUGACAUGGUCGAUUUGUUCUCGAUGGGCCUUAGUGAAUGGGCUUCAUAUUGGCCAAAGUCUGAGGAAACCGACGAAGAUUAAUUUUUAUAAUUGUUGUCUAUUCUACUUACCAAAACUGUAUUUUUUUGCGUAAUCAUACUUAUUUAUAAUUUUAAAAACUUUUAAUUGUCAAAAAAUUUACUUAUUUUUUUGUAAUAAAUGAAAUAUCUCUUUUUAUUCUUA